AUGGUUGGCUUACAGGAGAUACCUAGGACUGCUACAUUUACCUGGUCGCCAGAGAUCGCUUCGUCUUACCUAGCGACUGGAACAAAAUCAGGAGCUGUGGAUGAAGGGUUUUCAAACGACACCCAACUCGAAUUGUGGGAUCUCGCUUUGGACAAAACGACCAGAGAGAGAGAACUUCGGCCGAUAGCCAGCAUUAGCACAGACUCGAGGUUCAAUGAUAUAGCUUGGACGAAAGAUAACGCUUCGGAAUCCCUUGGCAUCAUUGCUGGCGGUCUAGAGAAUGGAUCUCUGGAUCUUUGGGACGCAGGGAAGCUGCUGGAUGGGCAGAAUGAUCCUUUCUUGUCGCGGACGUCGAAGCACAACGGAUCAAUCAAGGCACUGCAGUUCAAUGCUUUCCGAUCCGAGCUACUGGCUACGGUGGGGACAAAGGGCGAGCUCUUCAUUUCAGACGUCAAUAAUGUAGGCAGUCCUUUCCGGAUGGGAAAUCCGGUUGCCAGAGCCGAUGAUCUCGAAUGUCUUGAUUGGAACAGAAGGACGUCACAUAUUAUGGUAACAGGCAGUAGUGCAGGCAUUAUGACUGUCUGGGAUAUCAAAAAUAAGAAAGAGAGCUUAACUUUGAACAACCUCGGUAGGAAACCCAUCAGCGCUGUAGCAUGGGAUCCUGCUAAAACUACACGACUCAUUACUGCGAUACCAAGUGACACAGACCCUUCAAUCCUAGUCUGGGACCUGAGGAAUGCGAAUGCGCCGGAACGUGUUCUCAAAGGGCAUGAUGGCGGUGUUCUUUCUCUUUCCUGGUGUCAACAAGACAGCGAUCUGCUCCUGUCUUGCGGAAAAGAUAAUCGAAACAUAUGCUGGAACCCGCAGACUGGAGUGGGAUUUGGGGAAUUCCCUGUGGUGACCAAUUGGACUUUCCAAACAAAAUGGAAUCCGACGAACCCAGCUUUCAUUGCUACUGCCUCAUUCGACGGAAGAAUCGUAGUUCAUCCAAUCCAAAACACCAAAUCUGACCCAUCCGCGCAAGACGGAGGCCAGAAUCAAGCUUUAGAUGACGAAGAUUUUUUCAAUAAGGCUCAGUCGCAACCUCAAGGUGCUGCAUUCACUCUCCAACACGCGCCAAAAUGGCUUCAUAGACCUUGUGGUGCAACAUUCGCAUUUGGUGGGAAGAUUGCUUCUUUUAAGUCUUCUGUUUCAGAAGCCAAAAAGCGCUCUGUUGUGCGAAUAUCGACCUUUGCCAUCGACGACACCGUAGUGUCAACUACGAAUUCUUUUGAAGCGUCUCUUACGCAGGGUGAUCUCGACAAUAUAUGUGAUGAAAGAAUUGAUACCCUUACAGAUGAAGCAGAUAAAAGCGACUGGCGAGUCAUAAAGCUUCUUACAUCCCAGAACGUCCGAAAGGAUCUCGUCGAUUUCCUGGGCUUCACAACUUCUCACGGCGAAGAUGUCAAGGUGGUUCCUGCCUCAGCUAUGAAUUGGAGCAAAGGUGACGACAAAUCCACGCAUCGCGCCAAGGCAAAUGACAAUCGAUUGUCAGCCUUCUUCGAUAGCGGCGCAGAUGGAGACAAUUUCCUUUCGGAAUUGGGUGCAACUAAGGGUACCCGAACGAACAACCCUUUCCAAUUAUACAGUGGCUCAGAAUCAGAAUCAGAUCAAAAAAUCACGCGUGCCUUGCUUCUUGGCAAAUUCGAGCAGGCUCUAGAUGUCUGCUUGCAAGAAGAGCGGAUGUCCGACGCCUUCAUGAUUGCCAUAUGCGGAGGUCAACCUUGCAUAGAAAAAGCUCAAAAGGUUUACUUCAGUCAGAAAGAAGGUGGCCCCAAUUACCUACGUUUACUAUCUUCCGUAGUUGGCACGAACUUGUGGGACCUCGUUCACAACGCCGAUCUGAAAAACUGGAAAGAUAUCAUGGCAUCAUUGUGUACCUACGCCAAGCCUACAGAAUUCCCCGACCUCUGUGAAUCGCUUGGCGAUCGUCUUGAAGAGCAUAUGCGAUCUCAAGGUGGCAGUAAUGAACUUCGGAAAGAUGCUGCUUUCUGCUACCUUGCAGGAUCUAAGCUGGAGAAGGUUGUAGCGAUCUGGCUGAUAGAACUUCAGGAGAAAGAAAUAUCAAAACUGAAGGGCGCUGGCACAGGUUCCGGAUUUUCUGUUCACGCUAGAGCUUUGCAGGGCUUUGUUGAGAAGGUUACUAUCUUCCGUGAAGUUACCAGUUAUAAAGACGACGGAUUAGAGGCUACGUCGGAUUGGAAGUUGGCAGCUUUAUAUGACAAGUACAUCGAAUAUGCUGACAUUGCUUCUGCUCACGGACAACUCCAAGUGGCAGCACGCUACCUGGAUCUGUUACCGAGUAAGUAUUCAGCUGCCGAUGUCGCCAAAGCCAGAAUCAGGGAUUCUUUACGGAAACCUUCUUCACAGCCCGCCUCACGGCAGCCAGCAGCCACCAGUCGUGCGCCCCAGAAGACAUCAAGCACGGCCACAAGUCUGCAGCCCGAAGAACAGCCACUUGGACAGCAGCAGCCUGUCCCAGCCCAAUUGAACCCGUACGCGCCUCCUGCCCUACCACACAAUCCAUAUGCUCCCCUAGGGGGCCAAUACAAUACCCCAGGUUACACAAACGCUGGUUAUCAGCACCAGCAGCCGCCACCUCAAGUAGGCAUGGCAUACGGCGGACAAUAUCCAAGUGGACCACCAGGAGCUCCGCCUCGGAAUGCAUCGCCCUCGGUUCCACCACCUUCAAAAGCAGCAAACGUGGGUAAUUGGAACGAUAUGCCAGAAAAUUUCUUCAAGCCUCCAACAGCCUCUAGGCGAGGCACCCCAGGUGUUGGUGCAAACGGCCCACCUCAAGUGCAAUCCUCGGUACCACCUCCGAAUCCAAACAUCGGUCCUCCUCGAUCAACGCCUCCUCCUCUCGGUCCUCCACCAAAAGUCGGGUCUCGGCCCCCUCCUCGAAUAACAUCACCACCUGCGAGCAACGCAGUUGCUGUACACCAAACUGAGCGCCCGAGUUCGGUCACUAACCCAUAUGCACCCGCCCCCAGCAGCCUCCCCGUACAAUCUCAAGCUACGAUUCCACGUGGACCAUCGCCGUAUAACACACCUCCCAUAGCGCCGCCACCGAACAGUAGGUAUGCCCCAACCCAACCAGCGUUGUCCCCGCAGGUGGAGCCUUCAUCUAAUAGACACGGUGGACGUGAACCGCCGCCACCACCUGCAAACCCCUACGCUCCUAAACAAAGCAACCCUCCCUCCCAACUUCCGCCAACUUCACUGCAGCAGGCACAAAAAUCACCAACGCCUCUAAUAGCAAACACACCGGACUCAAAACCACCACGUUCUCAGCAGCAGGGUAACCCCGUCUCCAAGAAGUACCCGCCCGGCGAUCGUUCACAUAUUCCAUCUUCAGCAGCAGUAGUAUACCAGAUUCUAAAUAGCGACAUGCAGCGAAUCAAGACCAAGGCACCGGCGUCUUUCAAGGCCCAUGUGGAAGAUACAGAAAAGCGCCUGAAUAUUCUAUUCGAUCAUUUAAACAACGAAGACUUACUCAAGCCAGAUACUAUCACAUUGAUGGCUGAGCUAGCACAAGCAAUUAGAGGGAAAGAUUAUGAGAGGGCUCAGGCUAUCCACGUUGAUAUUAUGACUCACAGGAAUGAUGAGUGUGGCAAUUGGAUGGUGGGAGUAAAGAGAUUGAUUGCAAUGAGUCGAGCAACGCCUUGA